AGGACAGCGACCGGCGCUUGACUGUGCUGCAGACGCCCGUGGUGGAUGGCACACGGCCCCUUCCACGGCGCUUGAGUUCCAUGGCCUCCAGUGCAUGUGGGCAAAACUGCUCGCGAGACUGUCGGGAGGAGUCAGUGACCAAGGACCAGCUGACCAUUUGCCAGAGCGACUGUUUCAUGAACUGCACGGUGGACUCUGACUAUUCGGACAGCGAGGAUAGUGGGAAUUCCAGCGAGCUGGAGAAGGGUGAUGACUCGGACGUGGAAAGCACCACGCGGUCGACCACGGUGACGACGGUGACCACGGUGAGCAGCACUCAGGCCGAGUCGAAGACGACGAUCCUGACCUCCAUCAGCCAGACGACGAUGGCCACCACUACGACCAGCUACGACCACUUCGAGGGCACGGACGGCACCACGGAGGGCGCCCGGAUGAACCUCACGAGCACGGUGGCCACGACGACGACAUACAUGUCCACGUCGAGCACAGCCACCCGAAUCAACACAACGACGAGCACAGCGACCACCACAACAUCCACAACCACAUGGAACACCACGACCACAGGAACGACCACCUCCACAUCCACCACAACCUUGCCACCCCCACCAGUGCGGCUGGUGCAGCCAUCAGGAGAUGUCUUCAAUGUUGGCGAUUCAAUGCCGGAGGAGGGCUUUGUGCGGGGUCGUGUUGAGGUUCUCUACGAGAAUCACUGGGGCACCGUCUGCAAGGACGGCUUCGGACGGGUGGAAGCGCAAGUGGUUUGUAACGAGCUGGGGCUCACAGGUGCCUGGGGCCGCUACGACGCGUCGGCGCUCGCGGGCUUCGGCGGCUCGGAGGAGCAGACGAUUUGGAUCGACGACAUCAACUGCCAAGGUGAUGAAGGAUUCCUGAGCUUGUGCAGCAAUGCUGGUUGGGGCAUCAACAACUGCUGGCACACCGAAGAUGCCAAGGUUUGGUGCGAAAUGGUCAGCACGACCGUGACCACCUCGACAAUGACCACCACACGUCCGACCACCUCAACCACGACGGGCUUCCCUUUACAGACGGUGAUGCCCAGGAAAGGCUUCAUCCGACAGGAGAUCACUGGGCGGUGCUUGGGUGCUGCCAGCUGCGAGGAAGGCGCGCUCAUCACCAGCCAGGAUUGUCUCUUCUUCCAGCCCGACAGUAUGCAACGCUGGGAUGUGAACGAGCUUGGAAUGUUGCAGAACAUGGGCUGCCCGGGCAUGUGCCUGAGCCCGAUUGGGGAGACUCCCGUGACCUAGGUUAUGCAAGAGGUGGUCCUCAAG